GCAUUGUUCUCCCACACAUAGCCUUUCCUGGGACAGCUUCAAAAUGGCUGGGAACUUAGAGUAAAUUUCAUUUUAGUAAAUCUGGCUUCCAGGAGCUCUGAAACUAGGGACCAGGUGUUGUGUGUAAUGUAGUGCCUGUGUGAACUUGGGUGCAUCUGGAUUUUAAUCCGGGGCUCACAGAGCUGUCUAUAAAGUUGUGCUCCUCACAACCUAAUUUCUUUCUAAUGCUAUAAAACUUGCUUGUAAAACUGCACAAUUCAAAAGCAAAUCCUUAUUUAGACUGUGAGGAGUAGAAUUUGCUUGCCAUCAGCCUCAGCAGAGUCUUGAACUGUCCUUUUAGGUGGGAGAAAGUGCAGCACACUAUUGGCAUCAACGCCAGCAACCUAUUUUUGCACUCUAAGUAUAGCAUCAGAAACAGACCUGCUGGGGCUCUCUGGGUUGGAUUCUGGGCUCUCAGUGCUGGGAGAUCUGCCUGAAGCCGUGGGUCAAGUGUGUAAACUCUGGAAAGGGGCAUGUUCCCAACAUUUCCUGCUCAGGUCGUUGGUUGUGAGCUGUGUGGCUCUCCUUUUCUGCAGUACAGACUUUGAGGUUAUACUUGGGAGUCAAGUACCUGAAAAGAAGAAUAUGAAAAUUACAAGGGACAGACAUUUUAGCAGGGCCUUAUGUGACAGGACAAGGGGUAAUGGUUUAAGCUAAAAGAAAGGCAAUCCAGACUAGAAAUAAGGAAGGAAGUUUUUAGGAUGGCACGUUGAGACACUGGCACAGCUUCUGUUUUCUGAGCUCUGCCAAGAACUGGGAGUGAGUCUUGCUGGUAUGGGCUUUUGGGUAAGGGACUCUACUUCAAGGUCCCUAUGCAAGUCUCUUCACUUAAUAGCUUUGGAAAAAUUCACUGUGGCAUUAGCUGUUGCUUGUCCCACAUCUGUGUUUAUUUAGUGCUUUCAGAUUGAGGAUGACUGAACAUGUGAAGCCAUCUGGGUUUGAAUGGGGGCUCACUCCUUCCUCUUCUCUCUUACUAAAGUAUGAAGUUAGAUAUGUAAUAAAAACUGUAAUCACUUUGGUAUUUGGUUAAGCUUGAACUAAUGAAAGAUGGGGUAAUGAUUGCUUAUUUCCAAAUGGGUUCAAUGUUUUCUACAACUUCUUUAUUUACUCAGUGCUUAGGAAUCUUUUGGUUGUUUCUCCUGUUUUUUCUUUUUAGCCCAGGCUUUUUGCUUGGCUAAUGGCUCCCCUUAUUUGUUAUGGCCUUACCUGGUAAAAGUAGAUGCCAGUCAAAUCUCUGUUUUUUAGGUUAUACAGCUGUUCUGCUAAUGCUGUUCAUAAAGUAGCAGAAAAGACAGAAGAGCAAAGCAGGAGAGUAGAAAACAUUCUAUUUUUAGGACAAGAUUGGCUUAUCUCAUAUUUAUCCUAGCUAGGGGGGUAGUGUUUCCAGAGAUGGGAAGGGCUGCAUAAGACUGAGUUAAAAUUAACUGCCUGGCAGUCUACAAGCAUGGAGCCUGCACAAGAGCCACAGGAGCUGGGACCUCAGACAGAAAUGAUUGCAGACACAAUUCUUGAGGUUGGAGAGAGACUCUUCCAGGUCAGCCGUAGGGUGCUUUCAGUACACAGUCGAUACUUUGAAGCCAUGUUUUUUGGAGGAGCAAGAGAGAGCUCUGAACAGCACAUAGUGAUCAAAGGGAUCGAUGCAGUGCCAUUUCAGGCACUACUUGAGUUCACUCGCACAGCCCAAGUGCUCAUAGGUCAAGAAAAUGUGACCAGCUUACUGGAAACAGCUGAUUUUUUUCAGUUUGACAGGGUGAAACUGUUGUGUGAGAAAUUUCUGGAGCGAGAACUGCAUGUUUCAAACUGUCUGGGCCUGAUGACCUACUCACAGCAAUUUGCCUUUACAGAGUUGUAUGUGUCUGCUAUGAAUGUGGCUCUCACUCACUGGGGGGAUGUGAUAUGCCAGGAAGAAUUUAAGGCAUUACCCAAGGAAAUGCUGGUGCAACUCCUGAAGAGUGAUGACCUCUUCAUUUCAAGAGAGGAUGUGGUUUUUGACAGUAUUAUGAUUUGGAUAAUGGAGGACCCAGCAACAAGAGAGGAAGAAUUUCUGGAUUUGGUGGGCGAAGUCAGGGUCACUUUUCUGAGUUUGUCCUUCCUGGAUAUCUUGGUGAAACGCAGCAAGCGUGCUGGAGAGACAGAUAUCUUUUCCAGGCUAAUAAAGAAGUUAGACAGCUGUCCCCCACCCAGCUGGCAAAAUCCAAAACUGUGUCCUUGUUCUGGCCGGAGCUAUGACACCUUAUAUGUCCUGGGAGGAAAGCAUGACAAGGAACAGCAAGAAUUAUUUCUCUUUCAACCUAAAACAGGGACCUGGCAGGCUUGUUCUCCACUGCAGCGCAGGAACCUCACCCAGUAUGCAGUGGCAGCAGUAGGGAGCUUCCUUUUUGUGACAGGAGGAUAUUUCCGGGAUGAAUUUGUGUGGUACAGUGUGGACUGGGUACUCAUCUACAACUGCUUGGACAAUUGCUGGCUGGAAGGGCCAGCCAUGAAGAAGUCCCGCAAUAGCCACUGUGCAGUAGGAGUAGGGCUCUACUUGUAUGUUCUCGGAGGGAGCACAGAUGAAGGGAUAAUCCCAGCAGUGGAGCGCAUGGCUUUGAUGGAGUCAGAGUGGGAAAGCAUGAGUCCUAUGGCUCAGCCUGUGGAGAGAGGUGACGCGGUCAGUGUGGGAACCAGGAUCUAUGUGGUCUGUGGCCUGGAUGAGAAUGGACACGUGUAUGAUGGAGUGCAAAGGCUGAACACAGAGACAGACAGCUGGGAUGUCAUCUCGUUCUCCCCUCUUCCAAGGUAUGACCUCUGCAUCACAUCCCUGAAUGGGGCUCUGUACACUGUAGGAGGGGAAGCUUUUCGAUUUGAUGUAGAGACAGAUGAAUGGACCCAGGUGAAUGAGGAAUGCUUGACCAAGAAGUUCUUCAUGGGAUGCAGCACCGUGAAUGGACAAAUUUAUCUCCUUGGACAGAGGAAGGGAAACAGUGCUCUCCCCAUUGUAGUCCUCUUUGAUCCCUACACUGAUGUGUGCCAAGUCAUAGAUAACAAACUCCCUUGCCCCCUUCCUGUUCAUGGCUGUGUCUCUGUGCGAAGAUUUGAUACAUGGGCAUAAGAGUGGAAGAUCAUGUGCUUUACAGCUGAAGGGAGUUAGAUUGCAUCAACUUUGGCCUGUGACAUUUUAAAAAUUUUGCUUCUUUGUAAUUUUACCUUUUUUUUUCUACUUGACAAAUGAACUUGAAGCAAAAGCCAGUGCAAACUUUGUCUGCACAAAGGCUGCAGGUCAUUAUUGAAAAUAGUGGUUGGUAUUGUUAUGGUAUAUAAACUCCUUAGGGUUGAUGCUCAGUAAAGGGCUGUUCUGACCUUUAA